AUAUUUCAUUUAUUAAUUAUAUUUACUUUUAUAAUAUAAAUUACAAUUUCUAUAUCAUGACAAAACCACCGGCCUAUGGUAUAAUAAGGGGGCGAAAGGUAGGUUGAUGGAAUAUUCACAUUUUGGUGCUGUGCUAUGUCAGAUGAUAACUCAGUUUCUUUUGCAACAAUACCAAGUUUCCAUGUGUUGUUGUUUUAGUGGUUCCUAUUUUUCAACUACAACAAGUGUUUUCUACUUGUUACGGAACAAAAUAGAUGACAUGAACAAGUUCCCAGCCUGAUUAGUCCACCUAUUUUUUAACCUGAUUAUGCAGUUUGAUAAUCAUUUUAACAAAGUUUAUGGCCGUCAGUACAUAGAAACAGACAUUAGCAUACUUUUAAGUUUGAUACUUUCAACCUAAAAUAUGCUAGUCUAGUUUCAAACCUUGUUUUAACUAUUCCAACAAAAACAAAAACAGGAUACAAGAAGAAGAUUUGAGGCAGAAGCUAACGUAAGAAACAUGUCAAGAAGAACGAGAAGACCAAGAACCGGCCAAAUGAUCAAAUUAAUAAUUAACAGAAAAUGGUUCUUGUGUCAAGUCUAGUGGUCAUACAAAAAGAAUAGAACUUACCACUUGAAAAAUGGUACAAGCUGUAUUUGUGUUUGGAAGGAGAGGUGUGAGUGAUUUUUUCUAAACACAGUUUGCAAUGGAGACAGAAUCCCACCAACUCAAUGUAAUUUUUCUACCAUAUCUAUCUCCUGGCCAUUUGAACCCUAUGGUGGAUACAGCAAGGCUUUUUGCCAGAUAUGGUGCUAGUGUUACCAUUAUCACCACCCAUGCUAAUGCUUUGACAUUCCAAAACGCCAUAGACAGUGACUUCAAUAGUGGAUACCACAUCAGAACUCAAGUAGUACCAUUCCCAACAGCCCAACUAGGUCUCCCUGAUGGGGCUGAAAACCUCAAAGAUGCCACUUCCCCAGAUAUAAUUGGUAAAAUCUUUUAUGGAGUGUCGAUGCUCCAAGGUCCAAUCGAGCUUCUGUUUCAGGAUCUGCAACCAGAUUGUCUUGUAACUGAUCUGCUGUAUCCUUGGACAGUUGAAUCAGCUGCAAAACUAGGCAUUCCAAGGCUUCACUUUUACAGUGCAAGCCACUUCGCAAGCUGUGCCACUCAUUUUAUCAGAAAGCAUAAGCCUCAUGAGAGGGUAGCUUCUGCCACCCAGAAGUUCUCAAUUCCUGGCCUUCCACAUCAUAUUGAGAUGACCAACUUGCAGCUAGAACAAUGGAUAAAGACUAAGGAUGAAUUUUCAGACUUAAUAAAUGAAGCCAAUGAAUCAGAGCUCAGAAGCUAUGGAACGCUGAGCAACAGUUUUCAUGAACUUGAAGGUGAUUAUGAGAAUCUUUAUAAAAGUACUAAGGGGAUCAAGUGCUGGAGUAUAGGACCAGUUUCAGCAUGGGCUAACAAGGGAAAUGAGGAAAAGGUCACUAGGGGACACAAGGAGGACUUUGCACAAGAUUCAGAGUGGCUACAUUGGCUUAACUCUAAGCAAAAUGAGUCUGUACUUUAUGUAAGUUUUGGGAGCCUCACGAGGCUCCCACAUGCUCAAAUCGUUGAAAUUGCUCACGGGCUCGAAAUUUCUGGCUGUAGUUUCAUCUGGGUUGCACGAGAAAAAGAUGAAAUUGACAAUGGGCACGUUUUCCUUCAAGAGUUUGAGGAGAAGAUGAAAAGAAGCAAGAAGGGUUUUAUCAUAUGGAACUGGGCACCACAGCUGCUGAUAUUGGACCACCCUGCCAUAGGAGGCAUAGUGACUCACUGUGGUUGGAAUUCGAUCCUUGAAAGUGUGAGUGCCGGAGUGCCAAUGAUGACAUGGCCAAUGUUUGCAGAGCAAUUUUACAAUGAGAAACUGUUAGUCGAUGUGUUGAAGAUUGGAGUUCCGGUAGGAGCUAAGGAAAACAAGUUCUGGACAAGCUUGGGAGAGGAUGCAAUGGUGGGAAGGGAAGAGAUAGCAAAGGCUGUGGUACAGUUGAUGGGAAAAGAAGAGAGCACAGAAAUCAGAAGGAGAGCAAGAGAGCUUGCAGGUGCUUCCAAGAAGACUAUAGAGGAGGGAGGAUCGUCUUACAACAGCCUCAUGCAGUUGUUAGAUGAGCUAAAAUCAUUGAAGAAAACAAACAUAAAAAUUUAGUCUUGAAGAAUUUUCUUUUUCUGUCAAAGAGACUAUGAUGGUUCCUCUUUUCUGCUUAACAAAUCAUCCUAAGGUAUUAAAGGAUUUUGAAGGUGGAAUAGCAAUAUUGGAGAUCCUUUUACACCAAGAUUAAUAAGAUUUGAAGGACUCCAG